GUUUGCACACUUUUGGCUACUUUAUCACUGUAAAGGCAGGCCUGUGAUUUAAAAAUGGUCUCCCAAGGACUCCAGAUUAUGGGCAUGGCCACAGCCAUGCUGGGUUGGCUGGGGGUCAUUAUCGUGUGUGCUUUGCCCCAGUGGAGGGUGUCUGCAUUCAUUGGGGCCAACAUUGUCACAGCACAGAUCAUCUGGGAGGGCAUGUGGAUGAACUGUGUGGUACAGAGCACUGGACAAAUGCAGUGUAAAGUCUAUGACUCCAUGCUGGCGCUCAGUUCUGACCUUCAAGCAGGCCGGGCCAUGAUCAUCAUCUCCAUUUUGACUGGACUCUGUGGAAUCGUAAUUUCUAUGGCUGGUGGGAAGUGCACCAACUGUAUUGAGGACCCAAGGUCUAAAGCAAAGGCAUGCAUCAUUGCAGGGAUUCUCUUCAUUGUUUCUGGACUUCUUUGUCUGAUCCCAGUGUCAUGGUCAGCAAAUACGAUCAUACAGAGCUUCUAUAAUCCAUUGAUGGUGGAGGCCCAGCGGAGGGAGUUGGCUGAUUUUGAUUGUGCCAACAUCAUGGGAAGGAUUGCUAAAGAGGUUUCUGGCCAGACCCUGUGCUUCAUUGGUUUUGUUGGUAUAUGUGUCUGUUGUGGCAUUCCCAUGUGGCGUGUCACUUCGUACAUUGGUGCCAACAUUGUCACGGGCCAGAUUGUCUGGGACGGCUUGUGGAUGAACUGUGUAAUGCAGAGCACAGGACAGAUGCAGUGUAAAGUACAAGACUCAAUAAUGCGACUGACCCAGGACUUGCAAGCGGCACGUGCGUUGACCAUCAUUGCAAUAGUGAUCGGCUGCAUUGGAAUGCUACUGACGUUUGUGGGUGGCCAGUGCAGUAGCUGUCUGAAGAAAGAGUCCUCCAUGGCCAAAGUGCUGAUCCUGGGUGGCAUCCUCUGCAUUAUAGCUGGAGUUGCCUGUCUUAUUCCGGUCUGCUGGUCCGCGGCUGUCACGAUCUCAGAUUUCCAGAAUGUUCUCACAAUUGAGACACAAAAGAGGGAGAUUGGUGCAUCCAUAUACAUAGGCUGGGGCGCCUCAGCGUUUCUUCUGUUUGGAGGGAUCAUUCUGUGUACUUCCUGUCCACCGAGUGAAGAUAUGUAUCCAAAUUACCCAGGCAUGUACCCCUACCAAGGACCUAUGUAUGGGCCUCCUGGAGCUUAUAUGCCUGCCAAAACAUAUGCACCUAGUGUAGCAUAUGCUGGAAGUUACCUUCCUAACAAACCUUAUCCAGCCCCAGCUUACUCAGUUGUUCCGGGACAAUAUCUUUAGCUAAUGGACCAUUUUUUACUUUUACUGACACUUCUAAAACAGUGCUCCUCAACAUUUUUGAAUGAAAUCUGUACUUACUUUAGUGUUUGUUUGAAUAAAAUGUAUACAUACAACAACAAAUUGAUUUAGCGACUUGCUUGCAGUGUCUUGCUAGCCUGUGAAUGGAGAUGAUUUGGAAAAACUUGUUUGUCCACUUUCUCGACUCAUUCCAGUUGUUCUACUGGCAGAGAUGUUGUAAUGCUAAUUGGCAAAUGAAUAUAUGUAUGUUUCACCACAUAAAGUGAAAUUUGUGAGUACUGUUGUGUUGUUGACUUUCUGUAAAUCAAGCCUUCACUAAUGUUUUUUUUUUUUCUUUAAGAAUCUGUAAAAAAAAAAACAAUUGCCUCUCCACCGGGGAAUGUUUUGACAUUGAAUAUAGCUUUGGAUUUUUAUAAAUUAUCUUGUCAAUAAAUAUAUUUCUGGAUUAUUACAAA